UGGGUAUUUGUUUAUUACUUAAUUUUGAUUAUCUGUCUCUUUGUUUUGGAUGAUUUUAUAGAUUUUAUUUUAAUUUCUGAUGGUAUAUGUUUGGAUGCAAGCGAUUUAUGGUUGAAAGUUGAAACCUUUUGCUGUUGAUGUAUAAUUUUGUUUUGCAAGAAGAGGGUUUGGGUUUUGGAUCUUGAUUUAAAAAAAAAAAUAAAAAUUAUUUGCUGUAAAUUUGUAACAAAAGUAGGAGAAGAGAAGGGUAGCCUUCUCUUUCAAAAUUUUGGUUUUGGUUUUGCUCCUGAAAGCUGGGUUCAUGUGCUGUGAAAAUGGAAAUUAUGGGAUCUAGAUCUGUUGUGUGAAUAUGAUUUGUAGGAAGUCAAGGGAUUAUUUCUUUUGGGUUAGUCUCUAGCUUGAUUAUAUUGCUGAGAAGAAAAAAGAAAUGAGCAAGAUCUAAAUUUUCAUAGGAAAUGAUUACAUGUGGCGGAUCUUGGCUAGUUUGUUUAGGAUUCAUAGUCAACCCAGAAAUUUUGAGAUGGCAUGAUUGUGAUUGUUGUUGUUGUUGUUUUUGUUGUUUCCUGAUGGUGGGUUAUUAAAAUCUGAAAAAUAAAAUCUCUACUUAGUUAAGAAUGAUAAUUGCACUAGGAUCCACGAAAUGGAAAUGGAAUUCACUGAGAAUUUUGUUUGGUUCUAUUUAUUAUCCAUAGGUAGGUGUUUUGGUGGAAACAUCUUUGCUGAAAUGAAUACUUUCCUGCUGUUGUCUCAAGGAAUUGGUUAUGCUGCAUGCAAAAAUUCUGAAUUCUUUUAAUUAUUUUCAUAUGGGGCAGGAAUUUGGUGCUUUGUCUUAUGGUUUUUCUGAUGCUUUUUAUUAAUCUCAUCCCUGCUUGUUUUAACUUUCUUGUGCAGUUUAAUUCAUUAAAAUGAGUCGUCCACAUGACUUACCCCAUCCCUUCUUCCAUUUUGGAAAUCCUUUCCGGAUGAUAUCACCCAAGGGUUCCAAUUUGUCUAAAAGGCUUCUUUUACUGUUGAACAAUUUUGAGGAAACCUUGGCAGGGAGGCUGAAAAAGCUUAACCCAAAGGACAAGGAUGGAGUCCUCAGCUUGUCAUGGAUGAAAUUAGCGAUGCUCUCGCUGUGUGAAACUCAUAAUGACAUAAAAACCCUCAUAGCUGAGCUUGAACUCCCGGUGUGCGACUGGGAUGAGAAAUGGAUAGAUGCAUACUUGGACAUCAGUGUGAAUUUGCUCGAUAUAUGCAAUUCUUUUAGCUCUGAAAUCUCAAGGUUGAAUCAGGGCCAUCUCUUGCUUCAGUGUGUGCUGCACAAUUUGGAUUCCAGCUCUUCAAAGCAGUUUAUCAAGGCUCGAUCUUCACUUGAUGCAUGGAGACAGCAUAUUAGCUCAAAGAACCCUAGAGUUGAAAACUGUUCCACCAUUUUGAACAAGCUUGUAGAAUCACUGGAUCUUCCCAAGGUUAAGAACUCAGCCAAAGGGAAGGUUUUAAUGCGUGCUAUGUAUGGGGUUAAGGUGGAGACAGUAUUUAUCUGCAGUGUCUUUGCUUCAGCCUUCUCUGGUUCUGCAACAAAGUUGUUUGAUUUGAAUGUUGAUGACAAAUAUAUGUGGGCUCAAGCUUUUACUGGUUUGCAAACUAGCAUUAAUAGCGAAAUUAGAAAUUUAUAUUCAAGUGGAAGAUUUACAGUUUUGAAAGAGCUCGAAGCAGUUGAUACUAGCGUAAAGAAAUUGUAUCCCAUGAUCCAAGAUGGUGUGGACCCUGUUGAAGUGGAAGCAUUCCAGAAGUCUGUUUCAGAUUUGGCAAGGAGAGCAGAGGGACUCUCACAGGGACUAGAUCUUCUUACAAAGGAAGUUGAUGGCUUUUUUCAUGUAGUUUUAACCGGGCGUGAUGCUUUGCUCUGUAAUCUUAGAGAGUGUGGUACAGUCUCUGAUACAAAGCUAGGUUGCAAAGUAGUAGAAAGAGUACAAUCUUAAUUAUGUCGAAGCUAUAUUCUCUCCUGUAUACAAACUGGUUUAGGUAUGGGGUUUUAUGUUUUCUUAUCAAUGAAAGUUCGCCAUAUUGUUCUGCUUAUUGUAUUAAGUACGGUGUGAGUUAUAGGGUAUGUUGUGUUACUGUUCCAACAAUUUGUAUAUGUAUGUUGUACUGUGUGAUGUCAAUGUUAUAUAAAAGGAUAUGUUGUUUGCAGAAA